AUGCGGCCGCGCCGUGGGCUCGACCCGGGUUCCGUGUGGGCCCAGCGGCUCCGGCAGCUGGAGCAGAGGCUGCGAACCAAAGAAGAAAGAAUAGUUGUGCUGGAAACUGAAAAUGCUGCUCUUCAUCUAAAACUUGCAGAGUAUCAAGGGCUGGCUGGAAGAAGCACCAAGGAAGUAUUGCAGCUCUAUGCUGCUCAUGGGCAGCAACAGAAAUUGCAGAGGAGCUCUGUUGUAACCCAGCUGUAUGGAGCAAUAAAGAGGCUUAAACAAGACCUGAAGAGCCUCCGGUCAUUUGCUCUCGAGCUUUCAAAAGAUUUUCAGCGGCAAAGCAAGACUUCCCUGUACAAAGUUUUGACAGCAGUCCAAGGGAUACAGCUGCAAAAUGAAGCAAUGAGAAUGUUUCAGAUAAAAGCUUUUGAUCUUGAGCAGUGUCUGCAAGAGGUGACAGAGAGAUAUGAGAAAGAAAAGGAAAAGAGGAAAGCUCUACAUAACAGCUUAGUUGAGCUGAGAGGAAACAUCAGAGUCCACUGCAGGAUCAGACCUUUACUCCCCUUUGAUUCUUCUGCUGGACAUCCCACAUCACAGGAGAGGCAAAGAAACCCUUCAGAGAAAGUGGCAUAUGCAGUUGAUGAUGAAACUGUCCUUGUGAAGUGCAGCCGUCCUGGCCAUGCAGCAAUAAACAAAACUUUCCAGUUUGAGAGAGUUUACAGUCCUUCAGAGUCUCAAGAGGCAGUGUUUGUGGAUGUGGCCCCUUUGCUAACAUCUCUCCUGGAUGGGUACAACGUGUGUAUCAUGGCUUAUGGGCAAACUGGAAGUGGGAAGACAUACACAAUGUUGGGACCACAAUUAGAGGAGAACUUUGCAUUCUCCACUGAAGAUGAAUCAGAACUGGGAAUUAUUCCUCGUGCUACCCAAGAAGUGUUCAGGCUUAUUUCAGAAAAGCCACCAGGAAGCUACUGGGUGGAGGUUUCUGUUGUACAAGUGUAUAAUAAUGACAUUUUUGAUCUUCUGGCCAAAGACAAUUGUGGAAAAGUAUUUGGAGUCAAACGUGAUGUUGUCACAACCCGAGAGGGAAGGAGUGAUGUCCCACUGCUCACACAUGAGACUGUUGAAAAUGUAUCUGAAUUUCUGCAUCUGGUGAAGAGAGGCCUCCAGCUGAGGGCCAGGCACCCCACACUGGUGCAUGCUCACUCCUCUCGUUCUCAUCUGGUGGUCACACUGACCAUCACCACAGUCACCUCUGGAGAUAACUUUGGUACUUCAUGGGAAGAUGAACAAAUCCAUCAAAGACUAAAUAAAGAGGUUUCCUGCAGCUUUCCACAAAAAACAAGAGACAAUAAACCCACUGCUUCUUCCAGACCUUCUUCACCAACCCAACUUGAAGCCACUGAGAAGCUGAAGCAAGUCAGGACGAGGCUGCAGCUGGUGGAUCUGGCUGGUAGUGAGUGUGUUGGGAUGUCGGGAGUGUCAGGAGCAGCCCUGAGAGAAACCUCCUUCAUCAACCGCAGUUUGUCUGCCCUGGCAGAUGUCCUGGCAGCAACAGCAGAGCAGAGACCCCACGUCCCCUACCGCAACAGCAAACUCACCCACCUGCUUCAGGACUCUGUGGGAGGUGAUGCUAAACUGUUGGUGAUGCUGUGCAUCUCUCCUGACCAGAAGUACUUAACAGAAUCAAUGCAGUCUCUGGGAUUUGGAACUCGUGCUCGACAAGUUCAGAGAGGACAAGUGAAGAAAAAAAGUUUCCCUGUGCAGAGUAAAGCAAAAUAAAACCUAAGACUCCUGUGGAUUAAAGUAUUAUU